AUGCCCCUCGGGUUCGAGCGCCUAAACGAACGUACCACCCGCCCCAACUCUCUCAUAAACUUCAUCAAACCACUGCCAGGCCCCACCUCCGCCACCGCCCAAGACUUCCUCGAGCGCGUCGCUGCAAUAUGCUACCCAAUAAUGAAGGCCCGCCACAUCGCCGUCAUGGCUCUGGAGGAGUACGAGCCCAACCCCGAGUUCGUCGGCCGCAACUUCAAUGCCGGAGAGGUCAUACAGCUGGUGCUGAAGGGGAGGAUGGUGGGUGGCGGAUGGCAGUGGUUGAAUCUCAGGAGCGUGCAGAUGGUUAUGAUGCAUGAGCUGGCGCAUUGCAAACAGAUGAAUCAUAGUGGGGCGUUUUGGAAGGUGAGGGAUUCAUAUGCAGGGGACUUGAGGGAUCUAUGGGCAAGGAAUUACACGGGUGAGGGGCUCUGGGGAAGGGGGAGGGCGCUUGAAAAUGGGGCGUCCAUGGAGGAUGGUGUUCAGGCGCGGCUGGAAGAGCCGAAGAGCUUGUGCGGAGGCACCUUCAGGAGCAGCGGCCGGAAAAGGAAAAGGAAAAGGAAAGGCGCAGGCAAGGAGAAAGAAAAGCUGAGCUAUGCGGAGAGGCAGCAGAGAAGGAUACUGCGGAAGUUUGGCACUGGCGGCACUGCACUAGGCGCAGACGAGGAUGCGAAGGUCAAGCUGGAAGCAGGAAAGCCAUUGAAGGGCAAGCCACGGGUUGCCAAGAGCGCAAGAGGUAGGGAACUGCGAGCAGCUGCUGCGCUGGCAAGACUCGACCAAGCCAGGACGGUGGAUAUCAAGAACGAAGAGGAGGGCAGUGGCAGUGAGACCGACUCUGACUCCGAUGAGGCAUCACCGAAUGAGGUUGCUGCUCUUGACUUAGACGGCAAGGCGAUGCUGGACACACGCGGUCACGGCCUUGUCAAAGUCUGUGAAGGCGAAGACGGCGAUGCUGAGGACGCUCGCAGAGAGAUGGUGGAGCUACAAGAGCUUGAGAUUACACCGCUGCCUCACAGUUCGGAUCGACAGGAGCCUUCGGAGAAACAAGCGGUUAAGAAGGAAGCCCGACGAAGCCAAAGGUCGUAA